AUGCAUAUCUCGAAUCACGUCGUCACUGCUUUGGCCAUCGCCGCCGGUACUGCCAGUGCCUGGGAUAAGAAUGGCGAGCACACAGUAACGAUCACCUCUUGCGAGGAAGCUGCCACCGCUGCACCAGUUGUCCCACCCAGUGCUCCUGCUGUCCAGCCAAGUGCACCUGCUGUUCAACCUAGCGCUCCGGCUGUUCAGCCUGGCACUCCCGCGCAGUCCAACAUUCCCAGUGCUCCUGAGGCUCCCGCUGAGACUGGUGCUCCUGCUGGAACUGGCGCCCCUACCGCCCCUGCUGCUCCUGCUGAAACUGGUGCUCCUAGUGCUCCCGCAGGAACCGGUGCCCCUGCAGUUCAACCCAGUGCUCCCGCCGAGUCUGGCGCACCUGCGGCCCCAGCUGAGUCCGGUGCCCCUGCAGCAUCUGGUGCUCCCGAGGCCCCUGCCGGAACUGGCGCUCCUGCAGCUCAACCUAGUGCUUCUGGUGUUCAGCCUGGAGGACCGGCUGAGUCCGCUGCCCCCGCUGAGUCCGCUGCUCCAGCGGCACCUGCUGAGUCUAGUGGCCCUGCCGCUCAACCUACUGCCCCUGCUGAGACCCAUGUCCCUGCUAUUCAGCCUACCGCUGGUGGCUCCAGUAUUCCUGGUAUCCCUGCUCAGUCCAGUGUCCCUCUCAUCAAGCCUACCGUCCCUGCCGCUCAGUCCAGCGUCCCCGCUAUCCAGCCAACUGUCCCAGGUGCUAACACUACCGCUCCUGCCGUGACCCCGAAGCCCUCCGCAAGCUCAGGCUUCCCUAAGUUCGCCAACUCGACUAUCCCGAAGACCUCUACUUCUUCUUCUAGCCACACUACCGGUGGUGGCAACUUUGUUGGCGGCGGUGGCUCUCCUGCCAAGCCAACCUCCACUGGCUUCGCCCCUACCAGCCCCGGUUCCAAGCUCAUCAUUCCUGGUCUCACGGCUGUCGCCGGCAUUGCUAUUGGACUGAUGUUCAUGGCAUAA